GCCCGCGGUCUGCUCGUUUGCUAGUGUCUUACAUGCCGCUAGCCCUAGCGUUCAAGCUUUCGCAGGCCAGCCUGCUCCACUAUCCAGCUUCCAGCCGGAAGCGCAAGCGGAGAGGCUCUUAUUUGUGCCUGUCCUCGCUGCGAGACAUCGAAGAAGCGGCGCGAACGCGUCCUAUAGCCAAAACCCAGGAGGCCCUCUGCCAGCGGAUACGAAGUCCCUGCGCGCGCACGCCGUCAGAGACCACAAAAAGGCGUCUGACCAUGCGCCUGCUCUACCACCUAGCGCUGCUGCUCGGCGCCGCCGCCGGCGACCACUACCACACGCUCGGCCUGCGGCGGCGCGCGUCGCAAAAACAAAUUAAGAAGGCGUACCGCGACCUCGCGAAGCAGCAUCACCCGGACAAGGGCGGCGACCCCGAGAAGUUCGCCGCCGUGGCCGCGGCGUACGAGGUCCUGGGCGAUGAAGUGAAACGAAGACGCUACGACAAUGAGAGAAUAGGCGCGCAGCACGGCUUUGGGGGAGGCGGCGGCUUCCACGCGGACCCGCCGGGCUUCCACAGCUACCGGCCGCAGCAGCGGUUUGUGUUUGUACGAAGAAAUGGGAGGAUGUACCGCGUGCCGCUCGACGACUACGAUAAUUUCGAGCGAAGUUAUCAAGCGCAAGGAUUGGAUUCGAGCGUCUCGCUGCAGAUGGUCGCGCUUGGAUUAUUAGCGGCGUUCUUCUACUUCUCGUCGGCGGUCGCGGCGGACGUGAACGGGACGGGCGUGCCCCAGCGGCGGCGCGGCGGCUACGAGGCGGACGAGGACGAGGACGACGACGCGCCGCCACCAUUGCUGAACGCGGGGUCGUCCAUCCGCCUGCUCAAGGCCGAGUGCGCGCGCCGCGGCCUGUCCACCGAAGGGUGCGCGGAGAAAGGCGAUCUCCUGCGGCUGCUCGGGAUACCUGUCUAAGUGAAUUGUUGUUG